UCAAACAAAUUAAACUCAUUUCAAAAUUUGUCCCUCCAGGAUCCGAAAUUCCAAGCCCUAAAAAGUCUUAGAACACUUUCAAACUCCCCUCUCUCUCCCUGGAAAAUACAACGGCGUCGAUGGCUAUCUCCGGUGCACUCAACGCUCUAAAGUCAUCCGAACUCGUCUCCUGGAAACCAUGUGGCAGGGUUCAACAAACACUAAAGAGAUGCGUGGAGGCAAGUGGGACGACACUCCACUCAGGAAAAUCUUCAACAGUAAGGCUAUUGCCAGAGCUAGCAGGCAAAGGGCGCUACUUCUAUUUCAACUCCAAAUCAAUUCCAGCAUCCAUCGAUUACGCACAAGAAUCGUCUCUUUGCACAACUCUCUCCAACGACGGUGUUAAAAUUCGAACCGUCGAGCACUUGCUUUCCGCUCUCGAGGCUAUGAGUGUCGAUAAUUGCCGUAUUGAAAUUACCAAUCUUGACUCUGAUGAUUCCGACUUGGAUUCCGAGGUUCCUAUAUUGGAUGGUUCGGCGAGGGAAUGGGUGGAGAGAAUAGAAAAAGAUGGUUUAGUGGCAGCCAAAGAUGAGUGUGGGAAUGACUGUGAGAAACUGGCUCCCUAUUUGAAUGAGCCCAUCCAUGUAUCGAAGAAUGAUUCGUUUGUGGCAGCGUUUCCAUCACCGAAAGUUCGAGUUAGUUAUGGGAUUGAUUUUCCUCAGGUUGCCAUUGGCUCCCAGUGGUUUUCCUUAGCUCCUCUGGAGGAUUCUCUUUAUGCCAGAGAAAUAGCUCCAUCAAGGACCUUUUGCAUAUAUGAGGAGGUGGAGUAUAUGCGCAAUGCAGGACUUAUUAAAGGGGGCUCACUAGACAAUGCCAUUGUUUGUAGUGCCAGCAAAGGUUGGUUGAAUCCACCACUGCGUUUCUCUGAUGAACCAUGUCGUCACAAGAUCUUGGAUCUUGUUGGUGACCUUUCCCUGUUUGCACGGUUUGGUAAUCAAGGACUCCCAGUGGCACACAUAGUUGUUUACAAGAGCUAACUUAGAUCGGCAGCCUGACAAAUCCUUCCUGUUCUUCAAGUAACUUGUGCAAUUGGUUCUCACUUAUUUUAUCCAGGAGCAUGUCAUGGUAAUAUUGCUCCUGUUUUCCCCUUGUGUUGUUGAAACAUAUACCUGCAAUACUUUAAUUUAAGCCUUCAUUUCAUUUUCAAAAGACCUUUCACUUUUACUAAAUAAAUUGUUUUACCGGCACUGCUAUUAGUUUUUCUAAUAUUAUUGCUAAAUAUUGUCUUCUAAACUACAUAAAAAGUUUGCAUCGUGGGAACUCUUGAUCAAAUAUAAAGUUCAUGGUCGAUUAUGUUUAAGGAUGAGACUUUCAUCCUUGGCAUAAAGAAAUUCAUGCUUCUGAUGCUUCUUUAGUUUAUUGAAGCCAUAAUUGUGCUAGUAGCUCUUGUACUUUGCACAUUUUUAGUGAAUGUGAACAACCAGCUAGGGGAGCGAUGUCAUUUUUGCAUCCAUCAUAAAUUUGUCAGGGAGAUUUUUGUUGCCUGGUGAAUUUUAUAUGUGAUUUUACGACUUCUGAUUUAAAUGCUAGCAGUUUAACAGUUCCUUACGAGUUUAUGUUGUGGCUGCAUCAUGUGAAAGCUCAUGGGAAAAGAGAAUCAGCACUGUUUGUAUUUAUUUUCACCUUAGUUGUAUUAUUCACUCUUAAAUGUAAUCUAACAACGGGAGAGAUUUUUAUCCAGUUUCUGUCUGAAAUAUGCAAUUGAUGCAGGGCGGCCACGCACUUCAUACCAAUUUUGGACGCCAUCUCAACGAUUCAUUUAAGAGCUGACUUUUCCGCGGGUGGAAAGCCAAGACAUCAAUUAUGAAGAUUCUACCAAAUUACGCGGUAACAAUCCAUCUGAUCGAAUAGAGAUGUAGACAAUCCGGUAGGCAGGAAAUGAGGAAAUCAAAUGGCAAUAUCCGAGUCUGGUUAAUUUUGAUUUUUUUAGAAAAAUAUCUUGCCAGUUUUGUUAAAUUUCAUGAUGUAAAUUAGUCCGUGUGUGUAUUUUGUGUCAGCGUCCGUGAAUAAGUACCCUUUAGCUUGAUAUCUGGCAUUUGCUGAA